GUUCUACACCACAACACGUCGAUGGGCUUGUCGCACAGCAAUUUGACCUUUUCCUUUAUAAAUUCAGCCAACCAUGUCUCGAUGCGUUAAUAUUCGGCAUGAGUCAACACACUCAAACAAGAUGUGGAGAGCAAUUGUCCAUCAUGCAUUGGACAGCGGGGAUGCUGAGACCCACAACGUCAAUGGCUACUGCACGGUAUGGCAAGUCGCCCAGUAUCUAUUCUUAUCAUACCGUCAUACCGCCAGGAUCCCUUAGCGCUCCCAGUUCUCUCGACGUUCAAAUGAAAUGGAACUCAUAUCCACACCCUGAAGGCCAGCUGUACUUCCACAAAAGACAUCCCAACUACGACGUUGUUACAGAAGCCAAUAUCCGUAGGCAAGAGACCGAGGAUCGGGUGACCGGCUGCCUCAAGUUUAUCGAUGACACAAUCUUGCAGCAGCAAAUUAUAGUCCCGCAUUCGUCGGAGCUAUUCAUAGAGCUUGAUGAAUCACCAUUCUCUUGUGCCUACUACUUCGUAAAUCAUGAUGCCCGCCGUAUCUUCUGGCUUGAGCAAACUUCCACGGAACUGCUUGACGUGGGGACGAUAGUCUCCGACUCUCAUCUUGACACCGCUUUAGAGAGGCUAUAUUGGGUGCAUGUGGAAUUCUUCCCAAUGCACAUGUAUGCACAGGUGUCACCCCAGGUGGUAGACGAUCUAAUCGGCGUUAUGUCUCAUGGUGCAGCAGGUCGUUUGACAUCUCGAUCAUCCACAUUUCCGUACACUGCGGAAAAAUGUAGUCAGCUGCUGCAGUUACUGUCCCUGCAACGAGGUCGAACCCUUGAUGGACACACGUUGUGCUUUGUUGCUCGUCUAUGGGGCGCAAUAGAAAAUCAGCGGUUUAUGACUUACUAUGGGCAAGAACACGCCCAGUUAGAUAGGCUACAAAUCAUGACCCCCGAGGAAGAUAUGGAUCACCAAUGGGUGAAAACCAUUGCAAACUCGGUUUUGUGGGGAAUCCCCGACAAAUAUUUCUUCGAACUCCAUGAAUUGUUUGCAAACGAACAGGUGUUCGUCGAUCAGUGGCAAACCUUCAUGACCACAUGUAUUUCGGAGUGGCAUACGGCAGUUGUUUGGACAUUCCCAGUGAUGAUUGCUACCAUCCUCUCUUGCCUCUCAGCUCGUGCUUCUUUGUCAUCUGCAUUGCCAUCUAUUCUCUCGGCGUCUGGGAGCCUCGCCACCGGGUCGAUCCUACUCCUCAAGCACCACGGCCUAGAGGACGCCACUGCUUCAUUUGCUGCACGCUACCUGAGGGCCGCAAAAUCACACUCGAUUGGGAUGCUCCCCUCUGCCAUUGUCUUCAGCCUGCCAAAAGCUCUCUGUCUAUGGAGCAUCGUCUUUAUGGUAGCUCACUUUCUCUUACUGGCGUCCCACGUGGCCGGCGGACUCGCAAUGUUUGGAGGCGCAUGUUUUUUGAUACUGCUUGUUUGGGCUGCCCUGUAUGCCACAUCUCCAGAUGAGUACGACCGUAACUCUAUACUUAGCCAAAUUCUCUGUCGCUGGCAUUCACUUCAAGGAGACCGUGAAGGGGCAGGUUCAUCAGUAUGACGGUGGCACCUGUCCUGCCCCUCUCCUACUCCUAUCAGUAGGAUGGGUCUCGAGAGGUUCCGUGAUCGCGCUAGCACACGUACUUGUAUGUUGUAUGAUGUACAUGUGUUGC